AUUUUUGGCGGGGAAUAACGGCUUCGGCGAUGAAGGUGGUCGAGCUCUCGUACAAGCGAUGAAGCAGAACUCGGUUGUACAGGAAGUCGGUCUGGACGCUUGCCGCCUGAACGACAAGACGCUUAAACUUCUUGGGCAUUCCAUAGGCUCGCUUGCGGACCUACAAAGAUUGCAUAUAGGAAGCAACUUAUUCACUCCCCAACAGGCGUCUUUGUUCCUAGCGAGUUUGGUUAAUAACCCUGGGGCUCUAGUGUACGUCAAUAUACAGGGAGUUCCGGCCACGGACCAACUGAAGGCUGCGGCUGGCUCUCUUCUCACUGUUCACAACCUUCUCGUUAACUUCGAUGACCCCCCGGCCCGACGAGAGGUCACCAGGGACGUUCUUACCCGCAACCUCGUGCAAAUCGUGGAGUUCAUGGAGAAGUUCGGCAUCACGGUUGAAGAUCUUUUCCCAGAUUACGAGGAUGAGGAUGAGGACGGGCAGCUUAUGAUCACCAUUAAGGAAGUGUUCGUUGCAAUGGAGUGUUGCGGUUUGAUAUCGAAGUUUGACAAACUACAGAAACUCCGGGAGCGAUUACAGCAAGGGAAGGGUCGGAAGUUUUCUAUUCAAGAGUUCUCAAAGGUAUACGAAAGCGUCUGUUCCGGCCAGGACACCUUGCGCGCGGCGCCUCUGAGGACGCAUCUUCGGAAAUCAUUGAAAGAGGAGCGCGAGGAGAAGGAGCGACAGCGUCGGCAGUCUAAACAGCGCCGCCGGGUUACGCCACUGGUUCCAGCCGCACUCGAAGACGAAUAGUGACGGAAAAUGACGUCAUUGAUUAAAACAGCGCCGUCCGUUGCAGCUGAUAUCCCAACUGGUCCCGUUUUUGCGCCACCGUGUAGAGACGCUGAAAACGGUACAACCAAUAUAUCAAUGGUCCGUCAUUUCACACAACGUCAAAAGGACCGGAAGAGAGCGUGUCUUCGAUGGAUGGCUGUGCGUCGGACUCUGUUUACCUUGAUGCUGCACGCUAAUAGUAAACCGGUAGUCGUGUGCGUCAAGGACGCCGGCAGCGCACCUUCUCUUCCGGACUCACCUUUGAUCGAAUCGUUUGGGUUCCAAGAUCUCGACCUGACCUAGAGAAUCCAUGAGCUAAACAUGUUUGACCAGUAAAAAUUAUUAAAAAAAGCAAAAUCUUGUAUACUUCGGCAUUGCA